GAGCCUAACUUUAACCUUGACUAAUCCAUUUACAACCAAUCUAAAACUUAACAUAAACGCAGGGCUUCCGUACCUCGGUGUCCUUCGAAAACCACGACUACUUCCGGUCUGGUCGGUCCACGACGUGUGUUAUGCGCAUGCGUCAGCACUGAACAGCAAAGACACAUCAACAAGGAGAUACACCAUUUCUCUCCAUAGCAAUUUGUUUCUAUAAACACCUCCACUGCUCGCUACUACCUACCAGAAUGAACGUGGGCGUGGCACACAGCGAGGUGAACCCUAAUACGCGGGUCAUGAACAGUCGGGGGAUCUGGCUGACGUACGCGCUGGGUGUGGGAAUACUUCACAUCGUGCUGUUGAGCAUCCCCUUCUUCAGCGUGCCCGUGGUGUGGACUCUCACCAACGUCAUACACAACUUUGGAAUGUAUGUCUUUAUGCAUGCAGUGAAGGGGACACCGUUCGAGACCCCGGACCAAGGAAAAGCCAGACUCCUUACACACUGGGAACAGCUUGACUACGGCGUGCAGUUCACUUCAUCUAGAAAGUUCUUCACCAUCUCCCCAAUCAUCCUAUACUUCCUGGCAAGUUUCUACACAAAGUACGACACCACACACUUCGUCAUAAACACUGCCUCACUUCUGAGCGUCCUGAUCCCCAAGCUGCCACAACUACACCGAGUCAGAAUCUUCGGCAUCAACAAGUAUUAAAGUAAUUGUAAAUAUUGUUUCGUAGCAACAGAAGUCAACUCCUGUGUAGUCGAUGUGUGCGUGUGCUAGGUCGUACAGUUUGUGUAAACGUCGCUGUUGACGUUUAGAUAUGUCAGGUUUACGAUGAAAUGUUAAAAAA